GUGGCCAAGAUUGCUGUGAAGACAUGGCAGCCGAUGUCACCACAAGAGACAUCAUAUCCAGAGUCUGACACCGCAACUUGGUAUUGGCAUGAAAACCCUCUACUAGACGGUUCGCCAAAUCAUAAAAGUUGUCUUCCAAUGCAGUUUCCUGGUCUUGCUUCAUGUAAAGAUAUACAAGCAACGAGACUGUCACCGCUGCACCCACCAUGACCAGCAACACAAGGGCCCACGAGAUUCGAACUGCCAAGGUCUCGGGCUGAGCAACCUGUUCUUCUUUCUUGGCUGUAGCUUCUUCGGCAUUGCUGGUAGGGCUGGACUUGUCGUGAGCAACAGUCGUGUUCUUUGUCUCCGAACUGCUGUUGUCUUCGUCGUCAAAAAAGGAACUGGAUCGGCUGAUGUCGUCAUCUUCUUCUUGCCUCGGCGAAGACACAUUGUAGCUUCCUUUAGCCCCACGGGUGCUUGCCAUUGUCGAUAGCAUCUUUGAUGGAUAGUUUGAUCCGGUUUGGAAUAGCUUUGUUGCUUGCUUCUGCUGCUGUAUUUGAUGGAGCAACGGUAUCACAGGUGGUAGCUUGCUGGCGGAUUCUGUCGUCCAAGCCUGGGCAGCAGAUGCACCAGUUGAAAGAGACCUUCGUGUUCCAGUUGAGUGACAGUCACAGAGUCAUUCCGGAAUAAACAAAAGGAUCAACAAAAGGAAUUCGAUUCGAUUCGAUUGGUUCGGAGUUUUCAGCGACAUUGCCCUUGUGGCCCUUGGAAGUCAUGACACCACGUGCUCUGGAGUCGGUGGUAUUAAUACCACCGUACGGGUACUUCACCGCAGACUAUUAACCAAAUACCUCUCGAGUCGAGUGUGUUUCGGGUGUUUCGGUUGUUUCGCGGCUAGUCCAAGGGUGGCUCUCAAAUCUACUCCUGUCCAUUAGUCCAUGUGAGCGACUUGAUGAGACCGACUGUAUCUUUCGCCGAUAAUGCGGUCUUUCGUCUCUCGGGCUGUUUGCUUGCCACUCUGUACCGGUUCGGCACCAGCGGAACGACAGGAUUGCAACUCAGCUUGCUCCUAUCUCUCAGUGCCGUAGGAGCAUGAACCAUCUCAAGUCAAGCCAAGAGAGAAAAGAUCGAUGGUACGCUCGUCACAUUGUUCCCAAGUUUGUUCCCGUCGAGAAGGCCGAACGAUGGGAAGAUCUUUGGCAGCAUGGAUACUCGGUGGUCAAGUCUGUCCCAUUCGAAUGGCUCUGCUGCAAAGAAGAAGAUGAAAGCUGUGAAGGGAAGGUGGGGCAGUCGCCAUGUCAGAGGCUUCGGCAUGUUCUGGACUACCAUGGAUUCGCCGUGAUAUCAGGGGUACUGCAGACGCAGGAAUGCGACGAUAUAUUAGGAAAGGCAUGGGAUUGGAUUGAAGCAGCCAGUGAGGCAGAGUUUAUGGCUUCGACAAGAACAGUUGGUGCGGUAUCUGAGAAUGAUCAGAACGGCAAUUCCGAACUCAAUGGCAUGCACAAUGGCCAAACGACUUCCUUUCCUCCUGUUCACCGCAAAGACAAGUCCACACUAGAAUCAAAGUUCUUUCCUCGUUCUGUAGAAGGGGGUAUGAUGCCGUUCUAUGGUUCCGGUCAUUCUUCAUUUGCAUGGACGGUCCGCUCUCACAAAAACGUCCGACGAGUUUUUGAGGUCUUGCACGAUGGCGAGAAGGACUUGCUAGCAUCCUUGGAUGGCAUUGUCUUGUGGAGGCGUGGCGAGCACCACCGCACCGAUCCGGGAUGGUUCCAUCUGGAUCAGAAUCCUCGCUGCAAACCAGGGCCGCAAUGCAUCCAAGGAUUGGUCAAUCUCCUUCCCGCAAGCCCUCAAACGGGUGGCAACGUCCUGGUGGCCCAAUCGCACAAACUCUUCCCACAGCAUUAUACGACACCAUCAAUACAUUCCUGUUCCAAUUUCUACCGUCAACGCUUGGACGAACUAGGUGACGAAGAUUGGAUGGAGAUUGAUCCCAAUGAUACAGUAGUGUUAGGCGAUGCUUCCAAGGUGAUCAGUUGCAUGUUGGGGCCCGGUGAUGUGUUGCUGUGGGAUUCCAGGACGGUCCAUUGUUCCAAUCCUCCUACGGUAUCCAAAGAAACCGAGUUGACCAGCAAUGGGCUGUCGGAGACCGCGACACCACCACAGGAGCACUCGAGUGGGUUGAUUCGAGCCGCCUGUGUCGUUUCCAUGAUGCCAGCUAGCUCCGUCUCGACAGACGUAUUGCAAGCUCGGCAAGAAUCCGUGGAACAAAACCGUACACUUACGCAUUGGGUGAACAAGGUGGCGCCUCUGGGGGCAGAGCAUCAAGAUCACGUGCAAAAAGAAAAAGCAUGCAUACAAGCAAUGAAGCAGCUUGCGACAAAAAAGGGAGUUUCUUGUACCCUUUUAGGGUUCCAAGACUUGUCGGAGGCCCAACAGAGACUAGUCGUCGGCAGUCGUUUGUUGGAGUGAGGUCGUGGUCUAAUUUGAUCGUUGCAUCAUAGUGGAACAAGCGAAUCGAAUCGAAUCGAAUCGGGUAGCGGUGUCAAUUCAUUAUCCAGCACACGGUGGCAAGACUUGGCCGUCUGCGUACUAAAGUAGGUUGCUGCUAGCUAUAACUAAAAAGUGGUUACCGAUAAAGACCAACUAGAAGUCGUCGUC